GUUUCAUUUUUGAUGAAGUUGUGUUUGCGUCUAGUUUAGAAACACUUGUAUUUCAGUAUACUUCAGCUGUGUUAUAUUAGUACGGUUAAGUAUUUGUUGGGUAAAACGAUCGGAAUAGUCGAGAAGAAAAAAUGAGUCUUUUCAGCAAUUCUUCAUCUCGGAGCCAGAGUAAAAACUUGGUGGAAUUUCGGGCCGGUAAGAUGACCAUGAGAGGUAACAUGGUUCACCCCGACAAAAGGAAAGGUCUUGUUUAUAUUCAUCAGUCCAGCGACUCUUUGAUACAUUUUUGUUGGAAAGAUCGCCAAUCUGGUAGUGUUGAAGAUGAUUGGAUCAUUUUUCCUGAUGAUUGUGAGUAUGUGCGAGUACCUCAGUGCACUACUGGACGGGUCUUCCUUCUUAAGUUUAAGUCUUCCAACAAGAAAACUUUCUUUUGGAUGCAGGAACCCAAAACUGAUAAGGAUGAAACGUACUGUCGCAAAGUCAAUGAGUACUUGAAUAAUCCACCAACACCAGGAUCACAAGGUGGAAGGGGAGGAAGUAAUCUAGGUAGUGAACGUGAUUUGCAGAGCUUGUUGAGCUCCAUGUCCCAGCAACAACUAAUGCAGUUGUUUGGAAAUGUUGGAGGAAUGUCUGGACUAUCUUCUCUGCUGGUCCCAUCUGAGAGUGCUGUGCGUAGUAGCUCUAGCUCCCGAAGCCGUUCAAGUGGUGCCACUUCUGGCUCGGCUUCUCAAGCUCGUUCGGCUGCGGCUAUUCCCCCAGCCUCUGCAACUGGUGCCACUGCAGCAGCUACUACACCAAGUUCUGCAAACGCUGGCAGUAACUUGCCGGCGACUCCACUGUCUACGGGAGUACCUUCUUUAGGCAAUUUGACGAAUCUCCAGCAGAUCCUUUCGGGGAUUCAAGUACCUGAUUCGGCCUUAGGACUCUCCGGUGCCGCCGCUGCUCAGGGCCAGCCGGAAAAACCGUCAGUAGAUUUGUCAGAAGGGUUGAGUACAGAUGUUCUGCAUCCGAUUCUGAAUAACGCUGAUUUUAUGCGGCAAUUGCGUGAUUUCUUGCCACCGUCGGACCUGGCUAGUGAAGGUGAUACAGCUUCCAUGGUUCGAGACACAGUUCAGUCGCCCCAGUUUGCCCAGGCGCUGAGUGUGUUUAGUGCUGCUCUUCAGUCUGGCCAGUUGGGGCCUUUAAUUCAGCAGUUUGGACUUGGCUCUGAAGCUGUCGAAGCCGCCCAGAAAGGAGAUAUGGAAGCUUUUAUUACAGCUCUCCAAAAUCAAGACAAAGAUAAGAAGAAAGAGGAUGGUGAAGAUGGCAUGGCUCUUGAUUAAUGGUAGUCAUCCAGCCGUUUUGUCUUAUAUCAUCUCUUUGUUAUACCUUUCUCGUCUCGUCUCCCAUCUCCGAUUUAGCGUUUGUAUUAGACUUUUUGCCAGUUUGUGUCGGUAAUAAAUUUCAUGGGGGAGAGCA